AUGGAAACGUCGUACUAUCGGGAUGUGCUGACGGAAAUGGGUGAAGGAGUUGUUCGUACAUCCGUCAUUCAUACAGCUCCUGCAUGUACUUCAGUCUUAGAUUCAGAUGAUGAAGAUAUUCGACAACCGUCACAUAGUACACCGCGACAUUCAGCAGAAGAGCAAUGGCUGCCGAUUGGCGAGAGCUGGCAAAAUGAACAAUUGCGCUUAUCAUUAGAGCGUGGAAGCAGCAAUUUAUUGGUUUUUCCAUACUCAGAAUCUUCGCCGCAUAGGGAUUCAAUGAACAAAGAGAAAAUAGAACAUGAAUUCUCAAGAAUUGAAAGUAUCAAGAGAUCUCAUGGGAAGCCAGCUCAACUUAGUCAUAAUACGUUUCAAGUUCGAUGUAUUGGUAUGUCAGCUUCAUUCAUUGAACGUUUCAAUAAUUCCUUCAGAACCCAAGCAUUUGAGCCGUGA